AUGGAGAUAAAGCAAAGAGGUAUGAAGAAUUACUCAAACUUUACUGAUGAGGAUGAAAAAGGAGAAAAUCAACUUAAGCAAUCGAUUGAAAUGCCUCAAAUGACAGAAGCACAAAAUAAUUUAUUAAAACCUUUUCCAAGCAUUUCACGAAUUUCAGAAAGGCAUACAAAUCGAAUGACCAUAAAAGAAGAAGAAAAAAUCCUUAAUCGGCUUCAGAUAGCUGCUAUAGGGAUUCUAUUUGCUCCAGUUAUUGUUCUUAUAGCUGGAGUAAUGGCUUUUCACCACACAAAUAAAUAUUUCUUGAUGUUUCCUCCAUUUGUAUCAUUAAUAGGGAUCUGUGCAACUCUUUGUGUUUAUUUUGGGGCGAAAUAUACAAAAGAAUCGCUAACUAAACAUAUAAAAAUGCUAACACAGUGAAAUAAUAUUGUAGCUCAGGAUUUUUUUACAAAUUCUUUAUACAUUCUGCAUUUAGUGGCCUCUUGCUUCUUUUAUAUAGGAAUUGUAUCUGUUAUUUCUCAUCAAAACUUGUUAGAAUCAAUUAAGGAUCCUGAUAUCAGUUGAAAAGUUAAGUGAGCACUAUAUUUCAUUAGUGGAGCAUCAUUAAAAUACAUCAUUGGGUACAUCUAUAUAUUUUAUUUAUCUUGCAAACUUAGUAUUGACUAUGAAAAUAUUCACAAUUACGUACAAGUGAUUCAAAUCAGCAUAUUGAUAUCUGCUAUUGGAUUAAUAUUGUGCACAGGGAUAUAUUGACUAUAUUGGCAUGCUUUGGACAUCUCAGAAAACUUAGCACCUAUAAUAACUCACUCAGGUAUUAUUCUUGGCAUUAUUUUAUUGAUCUAUACUCAGUUUUCAUUUUUCGCUGCUUAUAAAGAACAUAUUUCUCUUAUCAUUCUUUCUCAAAUUAUAUCUGUAAUUCUAUUCAUUUUUCUUUGGCUUUAUUGCAUGCUUAUUGUUUUUGCAACAAAAGAUUUUCAAGCUUCUGUUAGCACAAAUUGCUAUCAAUUGCUGAAUAUAAUGCAAGAUAAGCAUUUAAAUUACCUAGGAUGCAAGGAGAAAUAUAUAGAAAUAGAGAGCUCAAAAGAUAAGCUGAAAUGUGAUGAAGACCAAAUAGGAAAAAUAGAUGAAAAUGAUGGGGAAGAAAAAUAUGGGUGCUUGAACUCAGAUUGCUGUGAAAUCAUUAGAAGUGCUGCAUCAGCUGGACUAGAUUAUAUUAUUGGCUUUUGCAUCACAGGGCAAAUAUUACUUGUUUUUGCAUUGGAGUGCUCUAGGAAUUUGCUUAAAAAAAUAGAAAGAUUUGGAAGUGGAGGAGAAAGGGUUAUGGAUAAGAGAUUAUUUGGAGUUACUAUUGCAACUUUACUGAUUAGCUGUGCUAUAGGGUUCGCAUUGAGAUAA